UGACUCCAUUUUGAAGGGCAUUUUGAUCAAGAAAAAGAAGAUUCUCCUGAACAGGGUCAUUACUCCAGUGUUUUGAGUCUGACAAACGCCACCCUUUCGUAUCAUUUUGGAUGUGUUCAGAAAUAGCGGCCCCCCACCCCACGGCUCCCAUUAAACGACGCCGUUUUCUGACGUUCAAACUUCCUGCUCCUAUAGCGUGUACCAGUAGUACCAGUACCAUCCUCUUCAUGUUCCCAACAAACAGUACCUCUCUCUCUCCCCUAUAUCAUAUGCAUUUACAGAAAAUGUUGUAUUAUGUGCGCUGAAGUCCACUUCUAGACCAUUUUCGUAUCAGUUUUUACGUUUUGUUGUAAAAUCUUGAGGAAUUUGAUCAAUGGCAAUGGCGUUUAGGGUUCUACAGUGCGUUUUCUUGGUGUUGAUAGCGUGUUUUCUUGCUUCAAAUGCUGUUUUGGUGCGGAAUUUUGAAAGCCCAGAAAAAGAACUCCUGUUUUUGUUCAAAAACUCUUUGAAGAACCCUGAAAAUUUGUCUUCAUGGACUGCUGCAACUUCGCAUUGUGAAUGGGAUGGUGUUUCCUGUGAAGACAAUCGAGUUGUCUCGCUCGUUCUAUCGAGUCACACCCUCAUUGGACCCAUUUCCACUUCCAUUUUCUCUCUCAGCUGCCUUACCGUGCUCGAUCUAUCUGCAAAUCAGUUCUACGGUGAAAUUUCACCAAAUAUAGCUUCCCUGAACGGACUGAAAAUUCUGGACUUGGGGAAAAAUCAGUUGACUGGAGAGUUACCGAGUGGACUGGGCGAGUUGACACAGCUACAGACUCUUCGUCUCGGGUCCAACUUCUUCACCGGACAAAUUCCCUCCGAACUCGGAAACUUGGUAAAACUCUCUUCUCUUGACCUCUCUGGCAAUGCCCUCACCGGAAAAAUCCCACCCCAUAUAGGAAACUUGACUCAACUUCAAAUUCUGGCUCUUGGAAAUAACUUUCUCUCAGGCGCGCUUUCUACAAGUCUCUUCUCUAAACUUCAGGCUUUAUCCUCUUUUGAUGUGUCGAAUAACUCUUUAUCAUCCAGCAUUCCCCCGGAAAUUGGAAAACUCACUUCGCUCACUGAGAUUUACUUCGGAAAUAACCAUUUUUCUGGUCAAUUUCCACCGGAGAUUGGCAAUCUGUCGAAGCUUGAAAUUUUUUCUUCGCCUUCUUGUUUUUUCAACGGCCCUGUACCGCAAACAAUCUCGAAAUUGAAAUUAUUAAACAAGCUUGACCUGUCUGAUAACCCAUUAAAAUGUCCAAUUCCGAAAGCCAUUGGUGAGCUACGAAAUUUGACUAUAUUGAAUCUUGUUGAUGCCGAUCUUAAUGGUACCAUACCUUCUGAGCUCGGCAAGUGUAAAAACUUAAAAGUCUUGCUGCUUUCUUUCAAUUCUCUUUCUGGGGAUUUGCCUGAAGAGCUUUCUGAGUUGCCAUUGAUGACGUUUUCUGCGGAAAAGAACCAACUUUCAGGUCCAUUGCCUUUAUGGCUUGGCAAAUGGAACCAGGUAGAUUCUAUAUUGCUUUCGAACAAUCAAUUUUCGGGGCGAAUUCCAGCCGAGAUUGGCAAUUGUUCUUUGUUGAGUCACAUAAGUUUGGGCAGCAAUUUGUUGACGGGCGAUAUUCCUAAAGAGCUUUGCAAUGCUAUUUCACUUGAAGAGAUUGAGCUUGACAAUAAUUUUCUCACUGGAGGUAUUGAUGAUACUUUUGCGAAAUGUAGUAAUUUGACGCAAUUAGUUUUGUUUGAUAAUCAGAUAGUUGGUUCCAUACCGGAUUAUCUUUCUUUGCUUCCUUUGAUGGUUCUUGAGUUGGAUUCUAAUAAUUUUACUGGUGUUAUUCCAUCGAGCCUGUGGAGUUCACAGAAUUUGAUCGAGUUUUCUGCUGCUAAUAAUCACUUAGAGGGCAGCCUUCCAAUGGAGAUUGGAAAUGCUGCAUCAUGUGAGAGCAUUGUUUUAAGUAAUAAUCAUUUGAGUGGUACCAUUCCCAGGGGGAUCGGAAAAUUGAGUUCUCUUUCUGUGUUAAAUUUGAACUCGAAUUUUCUUGAGGGGUCUAUUCCCGUCGAGCUUGGAAACUGUACUGCACUCACAACACUUGAUCUGGGGAACAAUAGUCUUAAUGGCUCCAUUCCGGAAGAACUCUCAGAUUUAUCUCAGUUACAAUGUUUGGUUCUCUCUUACAAUAAUCUCCACGGGAAUAUUCCCUCCAAAGUGUCAAAGUAUUUUCACCAGAUUUAUAAUAUUCCUGAUUCAAGCUAUGUUCAGCAUCACGGAGUUUAUGAUCUUUCAUUUAACAGAUUGACUGGCUUAAUCCCGGAAGAACUUGGAAGCUGUGUGGUAAUUGUGGAUCUUCUGUUAAGCAACAACAUGCUCUCCGGGGAGAUUCCGAGAUCUUUAGCACAGUUAUCUAAUCUCACGACUUUGGAUCUGUCUGGGAACUUGCUGACAGGUAAUAUUCCUCAGGAAUUUGGCAACUCUGUUCUGCUGCAAGGCAUGUACUUGGGAAAUAACAAGCUUACAGGCUCAAUUCCUGAAAGCCUUGGUCAAUUAAGUGGCUUGGUGAAACUGAAUUUGACUUCCAAUAUGUUAACUGGUUCACUUCCAACUAGUUUUGGGAACUUGAGAGGGCUUACUCAUUUAGAUUUGAGCUCUAAUGCACUAACUGGUGGGCUUCCUGCGUCACUUUCAAGUAUGAUAAAUCUCGUGGGCUUUUAUGUUCAACAGAACAAGUUAUCCGGUCCUUUAGAUGAGCUCUUCAAGAAAUCCAUAGCGUCCAGAGUUGAAAUUGUGAACUUGAGUUGCAACGUCUUUAGUGGGUUCUUGCCAAAAUCUUUGGGCAACAUGUCAUAUUUG